AUGACUUCAGCAGGCAUGAGCAUGUGCAAGGUCGUCUUCUACGAGGACAGGAACUUCCAGGGUCGCUCUUAUGAGUGCAUGAGCGACUGUGCUGACAUGUCUCCCUACUUGAAUCGCUGCCACUCUUGCAAAGUGGAAAGUGGCUGCUUCAUGAUGUACGACCGUCCCAACUACAUGGGAAAUCAGUAUUUCUUUAGGAGGGGAGAUUAUGCUGAUUACAUGUCUAUGUUUGGCAUGAAUGACUGCAUCAGAUCUUGCCGUAUGAUCCCUAUGCACAGGGGAUCCUUCAGAAUGAGGAUCUAUGAGAGGGAGAACUUCAUGGGCCAGAUGUACGAGAUGAUGGAUGACUGCGACAACAUCAUGGAUCGUUACCACAUGUCUCACUGCCAGUCCUGCCAUGUGAUGGAUGGCCACUGGCUCAUGUAUGAGCAGCCCCACUACAGAGGCAAGAUGUGGUACUUCAGGCCUGGAGAGUACAAGAACUUCAGAGAUAUGGGUGGCAUGAGAUUCAUGAGCACGAGGCGUAUCAAUGAUUCCUUCUAUUAA